CACAAACAGUCAAAUCAGACCAGGACGAGCAGAGCGUCGGCCAACAUCUUCUCCAGCAGACAUCCACUGACGCAGAAUAGACUACUUUUUUUUUAAGUUAUUAUUUUGAGAUGGGACUCUUUACAUGUGUUUUUCUUCUCGCGUGCAUCUGUUUGGUUUAUCAAGCGGAGGGACGCAAAACUUACGCGGACAUGUUCCCCCAUAAGCACACAACAGCAGGAAAGCCUCAUUUUCCGAUCCCAAAAAUCCCUGGCUGGGGUCCUGACACCAAUCCAUGGGACGACUACAUCUACCCGCCACUAAAACCAAAAGCCAAGGAGCUCAUGCACAGACGAGGCAAGCCUACAGUCCGCCUCACCAGUGACAGCCCGGCUUUAAACGGCUCCAUCAUCUCCUUCACGGCAAAGCUGGAGUAUCCUUUGUGCCAGAAGGAGGACGCCAGUGGGGACCUUGUGUGGGAUGAGCACUGUGACGAUGGUACGGAGCUGGAGGCUUCAGCAAAUGGACAAGUACGCUCUGGUUACGUGUACAACUGGACGUCCUGGAUGGAUGACUACGGAUUUGGGAAAUGCACGGACCCGAACAAAUGCAAUGUGUUCCCUGAUGGCAAGCCUUUCCCUCAGAGCAACGACUGGAGGCGCAAGAACUACGUCUACGUGUGGCAUGCCAUGGGUCAAUAUUUUGAGACAUGUGACGGCUCCUCCUCCAGCCUGUCCCUCAACACCUCCAGUAUCCCACUGGGAGCAGAGGUGAUGGAGGUGCUAGUCUACCGUAAACGUGAACGCAGGAAGUACAGCCCCUUGAGCACUGACAACACCGUUUUCUACGUAACAGAUAAGAUCCCAGUAGCGGUGGACAUCUCCCAGAAGGCUGCGGUCAAUCGGUCUGACAACGUGUUUUUCCGCGGUGAGGAUGUGCUCUUCCAAGUGCAUCUUCACGACCCCAGCGGAUAUCUUAAAACCGCAGCGGCCAUCGACUACGUGUGGGACUUCAGAGAUGGCAACCAGCUGGUGACCCAUCGCAACGUGAUCACACACGCCUACAGCACGGUGGGCAACGUCACUGUCAAGCUGGUGGUGGAAGCGGCUUUUCCAGUGGAAUGUCCACCUGCUACGGCCACGUCCGCUUCAACCCCUACCACGCCACCGCCCUCUACUGAGUCUUCAACGCCUCUACUUGCCACUCACCCUGUUACUAUGACGAUGACAAUGGCACAGGCUUCCGUCGCUAUGACAACUGGGAUCCCCACCACAGAAGUCCCCCCUUCCAUCGUGGCUACCGUGACCCCAGAGAUCCCCGAGCCCUCCACCCCAGUUUGGCUUUGCAGCAAGCAUGCGCCAGAGAGUAACGAGUGUUACCGCUACGUAUACGGGACGUUUGUGGGCAACAUCAGCAUCAUCGAGCCCAAGCACCCAGUGAAGAGCCAAUUAGCUACCAAUCGUAUUGUUGACGUGAUGGCCGCCAGGAUAACGAAGACUGACAUCACUUUCCUAGUUAAAUGCCUUGGCAGCGUCCCCACAUCGGCGUGUACCAUCGUGUCGGACCCAACUUGUACUUGGGUGAACAGCAUUACGUGCGAUGAGGUGCCUCCAUCCGCAAAGUGUGAGGUGAACCUGAGGAGAACCUUUCCACAACCCGGCACUUACUGUGUCAACAUCACGCUGGAGGACUCCCGUAGCUUGACUCUGACCACCACUACUGUCACCAUCAAUAAAGCCCAACAGGAACCUGAGUCCAGGACGCCCUAUACUGCUGAGGUGAUCCUCUCUACCGGCACUGUACUGUUCGCCCUUUUUGCACUUAUUGCUUGUCUGCUUUACAGACGCUACAAAGUGUACCGCCCCAUUCGUAGGUCCUUGGUGGAGGACGCCUGCAGUCGUGGUGGGGUCGGCCGCGGAGUGAUACGCCUAAGGGAGGCGCUCUUCCCAUCCAGCGAGGAGCGCCAUUACCUGCUGACUGAGAGGCGCCCCCUGUAGGUUGCCCUUUGUUAUGGCACCCAUUAGCAUUCCAUUGCAAUAAAUGAUUCAUUUAAAUAA